GUGGUUGCUGGUAAAUGUUCUUGAGUUUGGAGACGGGAGCGGCUUUACGGGACAGCGUCUGUCCAGCCCCCAUCUAGAGAGUCUAUAUAUAUUAAUACAAAUAUAAGAGAGCAUGUGUGUGUUUGGAUGAGACAUUUAAGCGAGAGCUAGCGGAGGGGACACUACAGGACCGGAAUGGCAGACAUACGCAAGAAACUUGUCGUGGUGGGGGACGGCGCGUGUGGGAAGACAUGUCUACUGAUCCUAUUCAGCAAGGACGAGUUCCCCGAGGUGUAUGUUCCGACUGUGUUUGAGACAUAUGUGGCGGACAUAGAAGUGGACAACAAGCAAGUCCAGUUGGCUUUGUGGGACACGGCCGGGCAGGAGGACUACGACCGGCUGCGCCCCCUCUCCUACCCGGACACAGAUGUCAUUCUGAUGUGCUUCUCCGUGGACAGCCCGGACUCGCUGGAAAACAUCCCCGAGAAGUGGGUCCCCGAGGUCAAACACUUCUGCCCCAACGUGCCCAUCAUAUUAGUGGCCAACAAGAAGGAUAUGCGCAACGACGAGAACGUGAAGAACGAGCUGUCCCGGCUGAAGCUGGAGCCAGUGAAAACAGAGGAUGGCCGCGCCAUGGCCAUGCGCAUUGGCGCAUAUGACUAUUUGGAGUGCUCGGCCAAAACCAAGGAGGGGAUCUGGGAGGUGUUCGAGACUGCGACACGAGCAGCCUUGCAAAAACGAAAAACCCCAUCGGGGAAGUGUCUCAAGUGCUGUGUUUUGAUGUGAAUAUCCACGGUGACUGUGGAGAAACCGCGACGCGCAGACGAGACGUUGGAGGCGGGUGGUGAUGCUGGGAUCUGGGUCUGGACAUGUAUGGGGGGGCAGUGACCGCGGCUCGGAUAUUCCCUUUGUAACCAGGUGACCUUGGUGGAAACCAAACAAAGUGACUGCAACGGCAAAAAAAAAAAAAACAGCAAAAAAUCACCACCGUUGUUUUGACUCGCACACUCGAUGGUAAUCUGCUGUCUGCUGUGUGAAACGCACUGGUCACAGCAUGUUCUUUGUGUGGGUCACAUGCUCCCAGUCUGACAGGUGGAGGGGGUAAAGGGACAAAACCACUACAUUGCAGUGGGCGUCUUGUUUACCCCUCCUUCUAACGUGGACAUGAGUUUCUUGUUUCCAAAGGCCUGCUUUCAAGCCAGGAUUUCAGUUGCUCACUUAUUUUUUUUGUUGGUGGUGUUUUUCAAAGUGUUUGCAUAGGCCACUGCCUCACUGCAAAAAUUGCACUCGUUAUUUAUGUCCACUUUGUAUUGUAAAAUGUUUUGGGGGAAAUUGCACAGCACCUGGACACUACAGUAAUCCACAGAACCUUUUUUUUAAAAUAGAAAGUACGAAGUGAGUGCGAGGAUGCUCUAUGAUGUUCAGUAGAGUUUUUCUUCUGUUGUUUUUAUUUUUCCGCCAUUUUGAGUAAACACAUAGCUUAAGUUUACAGUUAGUGACGUCCGUUGCCUCAGGUUUGUUAGUUGGAACCACAUCUAGAAAGUAGUGUUAUGUUUUCCACUCCUCAGUAUUUAUGAGUUCAGUAGUUUGUUUGCAGCAGGCCGGAUACAUCACAGGUCUAAGAGGCUACACAUUGGCCAGUCUUGUAAAGGGCUAACCACACUGUAGCACUGUUCAGGUGGAUAUUGUUACCGUUAAAUGUACAAACAGCUUCUAUAAAUAUAUAUUUUUUUUAAUUCAAAGUUUGCUAAGCAUGCUUCUACCCCAAAUGUUAUGCUUGCUGGUGGCUGCAGUGAUUCAUUCUGGGAGGACAUUACUGAGAGUUUUAAACAUUAUUAAAACAAUGAAAGAACAAAGUUACACAGAUGCAUUGUAGCCUGUAAAUAGUACAGCCAGCAAAGGAGGGGAAAUAUACUUUUUUUUUCCUCCUUAAAUCUCACCUGAACCAAAUCAUUUCAAGCACACACCAGUACCGUGACACCAUCUCAGAAUCAGGUGUAUCUCAUAUGUCUAAAAAGAUUGUGAAGACUCCGCUUGACAUUUUUCUUUUUAGCUUCUGCUUCGUUAAAAGUAAUGGUUGGUGAUAUUUCAAAGAGAAGAUUGAGCGCGUGAGAUGGUUGAAUCAUGUGAUUAUUUUGCUCAGUGAAUGUUUUCUUAUUAAGUAUUAUGAAAGGAAGAGUGAGUUUUGAGCUCUGUGAGCUCGUAGCACACUCUCACAUGGACUUAACAACCAAUCUGAUGGCAAUUAAAAGUUCAGUGAUAAUGUGUUUAUAUUCUUAAAACCACAAUCAUAUAAGAAGUACACCAACUUAAACAAAAUGGUAUUUUUUUUUUGACUAAAACACAAAUUCUUUAAAGCUGUAAAACGUUUGUUUACUGCAGUAAAACUGAAUUUUGAUCGGUGGAGAGAGACAAAAUAAAAUAGACUUAACUUCUUCCAUUAUGACUGUGAAUGUACCUCAAAUUUAAUUGGUCAAAAAUAUUAUUAUUAAUAAUAAUAAUAAUAAUAAUAAUAAUAAUAAUAAUAAUAUGUUGGAGCUUUCGAAGUUGGCAACAGAAAUCAAUGUAUUUGAGCUUAUUUUUUCAUACUUCUGUAAUAAAUUCAGCUCAUGUUUGACCGUGUCUCCACAGAAGUGUUGUGUUGCUGUCCUCUCACAUGAUGGUGGAAGAGCUUGUUCAAAUGACAGCUAUGAACAUCAAUUACAGAGACUGUUGCUACACUGAGUAUCCAGGGCAAAAAAAAAAAACCCUGGUGGAUUCACAAUAUGAGUGUUUCUUUACUGAUAACCAGAGACAAAAAAAGCUACAUUUCACUUUAUACAUGUAAUUUUCCUGUGGUUCAGUAAGCAACCAUAAUAAGGUGAAAUCGGAGUUUAGAAGAAGAGUAUCUUUUAUAAAUCCAACCAUAGGUACAAUGGUGUAAAAAGUCACAUUCCUCCUUCUGUUGCUGGGCUUUUUGCUGACUUACAGGACAGGAAUGCAUUGUGCUGGACUGGUUAAUUUUCCCACACUGGCCCCCCUCAUGUGCCUCUGAUUUUCAAUGUUGUUGAAGGUUACUAUUCACUGAUCAGACAGUGCAGUUUUUUCCCCCAUUUUCUUUAUUUUAGAAGAAUAAAGUAGGAUCGCAGAGAAGACAAAUGCUGAAAAUGUGCCAAACAUAUUUAUUUGUAAGAGAUCAAAUUGAUAACUGAUCACAUUAAUGUAAUGAUGUCAUUUCUAAGUUUGAAUGGUACAUGGGGAACAAAGGAAGUUCUUGUUUUUGUGAGGAAAACCAACACAGAAUGUAAGGGAACAAGUGGUACUGUUUUGGGACAGUCAAUAAAAGAAUCAAUGUGUGUCACCACCUCUA